GCUUACGGACGCGAGGGGCGGGGUUAGCGGACCUAUGAGGUUGUGCCAGUGUCAGUAGCGUUCCUCAUUCUUCACUAACCAAACAAAUACACGGUGAAGGUGAGGCGAACAACAUCCACAACCAAAUACUCCGGCGUUUCUUUUCCAUCAUGCUGACACAGAACGCGCACGUCUGGGGUUGUUUUGAUGCCCGAUAAUAUUUUGUGACCCGCAAUCCCUCCGUUCUCCCGCUCAUCAUUGAACAAAUGUGCAUUUUUGCACGUGUUACGUUCAGUUUGUUUGGAUCAGUGAGUGAAGUUAAGAAGCGGCGGUGCUUUUUAACUUGUUGCGCGGUGAUGCAAGUGUCCUCUUGCGCAAGAGAAUGAUUCAUGAGCCAGUUAUUAUACGUACGAUUUCUUCUUCGAGCUGUUUGACUGGCAAAAGUUGCUUUAGGAUGGGCUCAAGGAACGAGGUCCAUUCUCAACCUGCCAUACAGUCUGCGCAUUUAAGUUAGAAUUUGGACUACCGGAGCUUCCCAAAGACGCAAGAGUUGGAUGUGGAUGUUCUUGGGUUGAAAUAAGUGCAUAUAAGAGUAAGUUAUAUUGAUUUCCUAACCAACUGAUCCUGAAGAUGUCGGAGUCUUACGAGGACGGGGUGUGCGGGGAUGGAGCUCCGGACUUCAUCCCACCGAGAGCGCUUCGAUCAGGCCGGCGGAGUGGAGUCGCCGUGCCGCUGGUGGAGCGCGACGAGGCGGCGCUUCUGGAGUCGGUGAAAGCGGCACCGAGGAGGAGCAGCAUCAUUAAGGACCCUUCAGUGGCCAAGGUCAGUGGAGGGAGGAAGAAAACUGUCUCCUUCAGCAGUAUGCCAUCAGAAAAGAAGGUUAGCAGUGCUGCAGAUUGCCUGGCCUUCAUGCAAGGUGGCUGCGAGCUAAAGAAGGUGCGACCCAACUCGCGCAUCUACUCGCGAUUCUACACUCUGGACACAGAACUGGGCUGCCUACGUUGGGAACCCUCCAAGAAAGAUGGAGACCGAGCCCGACUUGAUAUAUCUGCCAUUCGUGAGGUCCGCACUGGGAAAAGCACAGAGACCUUCAUCCAUAAUGGCCCAUUAGAUAACCUGGCUGAAGAAGCAGCCUUCUCUAUCAUUCAUGGGGAUGAUUAUCAGUCCCUUGACCUUGUUGCUCUUUCUGCCGAUGUGGCCAACAUCUGGGUGACAGGGAUGCGGUACCUGUUGUCUCACCCUGGUGCCAUUGGUGGAGGUAUUGGAGGGGAUGGGGGUGUGGGAGAAGGCAGCAUUGGAAGCAAGAUGAGGAGGAACUGGUUGGUGGCUGAGUUUGCUCUGGUUGAUGAGGAUGGACACGGAAUUGUGUCUGAAGAUACAGCAGUGGCCACCAUCUGUAAACUCUGCCCUGGCAUUAAAGAAGCAAAGGUGCGUUUGCGCUUCAAGGAAAUUCAGAGGAGCAAAGAGAAGCUUACUUCCCAUGUUACGCUGGAAGAGUUCCAGGAGGCCUACUGUGAGCUGUGUACACGACCUGAUGUCUAUUUUUUGCUAGUGCAACUCUCUAAAGACCGAGAGUGCCUUGACGCCCAGGACCUGCGCCUUUUCCUGGAGUCAGAACAAGGUCUGUCAAUGGCCACCACUGAAGGCUGCUUGGAGCUUCUUCGCCUCUUUGAGCCCUCUGCAGCUGGACGUGAGCGAGGUCUUUUGGGCUUGGAUGGCUUUGCUCGCUACCUACAGUCAGCUGAGUGCCAGUUAUUAGACCCGGAGCACCAGAAUGUGUGCCAGGACAUGAAGAUGCCCCUGUCUCAUUAUUUUAUCAGUGCCUCCUACCGCUCCUACCUGCUGGAUGACCAAGUGCAUGGCCGGGCUGAUCUUGGGGGUCUCACUCGAGCCCUGCAGGCUGGCUGUCGUUGUCUAGAAUUGGGGGUUACGGAUGGGCCAGAAGGAGAGCCACUGUUGGGUGUAGACCAUGGUGCAGAAGUAAAGCAUCAUCACCACCACCACCAUCACCACCACCACCAUCAUGGUUCUGUUACUCUGCGCAGUGCCCUGGAAGUAGUCAAUAAGUAUGCUUUUCUCACCUCACAGUAUCCUUUGUUGCUGUAUCUGUGUCAGCGUUGUUCACCUUCCCAGCAACGUACUCUUGCACAACACUUAAAAAAAGUUUUUGGACCCAAGCUCUAUACCCCUGAGUCUCUGCCUGUUAGUUUGGGAGGUCGUGCGACUACCUUGCCAUCUCCAGAACAACUGAAGGGCAAGGUGCUUCUUGUUGGAAAGAAGCUUCCCCCAGAGGAGGAAGGUUCGGAAGGAGAGGUUUCCGAGGAGGAUGAGGAAAUUGGCGGUGGUGGUCCUUUAGCUGGCCGAAGGAUGACUAUACCUGGGGAAGAGGAAUUGGGGGUGGUCCUUGUUGUCCCACCACCCCCACAGCCAAGGCGCCUCCGCUUGCGUCAUGAAUUGUCUGAUCUUGUUGCAGUUGCUCGUACUGGAAGUCGAAACUUUUAUGCUCAUCGGGCAAGUAUUCUGCCAUCCCAACAACAUUCACCCCCAUCAACUCCUUCUACGCCAGGUACACCUUUGAACAUUGAUCCCUCCUACUGGACCCUAUGCUCUCUUGGGGAAGGGGAGGCAGGAAGGCUGGCUAGUGAGAGUCCAGAGGAGCUGGUAAGCUUUACCAAACGCAAUCUAACCCGUGUGAGGCCCAGCUCAGUCAGACUUGACUCUAGCAACCCAAACCCACAAGGCUACUGGAAGGGAGGCGUGCAACUGGUGGCGCUCAACCAGCAGACGCCAGGUGCCAUGCUAGACCUGAACCGUGGCCGUUUCAUGCAGAAUGGUGGGUGUGGGUAUGUUCUUCGUCCAGCAGUCAUGCGAGAGGAGGUUUCUUACUUCAGUGCUCAGUCACAGGGCUGCGUGCCUGGAGUACCACCACAAACACUCAGGGUGAAGGUCAUUAGUGCCCAUAGUCUACCCAAGCCACAAGGCUCUGGUGCCAAAGGUGAGGUCAUUGACCCAUAUGUGGUGCUGGAACUGCAUGGUGUGCCUGCAGACUGCACAGAGCAGAGAACUCGCACUGCUGCCCAAAAUCAGGAUGAUCCACUGUUUGACGAGACUUUUGAGUUCCAGGUGAACAUGCCUGAACUAGCCCUGCUGCGUUUCGUUGUUCUGGAUGAUGAUUAUAUAGGCGAUGACUUCAUUGGCCAGUACACCAUCGCGUUUGAGUGUCUACAGCCCGGUUACAGAAAUGUGCCCUUGCUGGGCCUCGCUGGAGACCCUUUGCCCCAUGCCAGCCUGUUCAUACACAUCGCCAUCACCAACCGCAGAGGUGGAGGAAAGGCUCAGAGACGGGGUCUGUCCGUCCGCAGAGGUGUGCGGCGGGGACGAGAGUAUGUCACCCUGCGUAACACAGGCAUCAAAGUGCUGGAUGACACUUUCCGGCCUGCCAGUGGGCCUCUGCGAGAGGCUACAGACCUGCGGGAGGAUGCAAUGUGCGCUACAGUGGCUUUUAAAGAGCUGUGUGGGCUCCCCCCAAUGGCCACACUAAAGCAGUGCAUCCAGAGCUUGGCCACAAGAUUGCAGAGUCCAGACGGGCCCCCAGGGGCCACACUCACUCUGAAGGACGGCUACCCAUUCCUGGAACCUGCGGCCAACUUGACCGAUGCCACUCGUAAGCUGCUAAAUGGUUAUGACACGAUGAUCUCCGCUAACAAACAGCUGAUUGAAAAUGCAGAUGGAGUGCAGGAGAAAAUCGCUCAAGUGCAAAAAGAAGGAAUGGUGUUUCAUGAAGAUCUGCCCAGGUUAGGAGAAAAGGAGAAUCUGAAGGGUCGCAAACAGAGUAAAGCUGUGGAAAGUUUUGCCUGGAACAUCACGGUGCUGAAGGGUCAGUGUGAUCUCCUGCGUAGUGCUAAAAUAGAUGCUUUGGAUACGUUAAGGCAACUUGCAUUGGCCUGUGAAGCGUCCGGCCUGAUUGUGACCUCUGACGGUCAGUACACCUCUCACGGCCUGUCUUCCAGACGCGGCAGCAGCCACGGAAACGGACGCAUCUGAGCCCAAGAGAAAUGCAGAGAGACGGAGAGAGCAUUUAUUCAUAGGUGAAUGAAUGGUUGAAUGAUGAACAGAGAGAUGUAUCAGUGUCUCAGUAGGAAAGAUGAUAACAUGGACGAGGUCCUUUUAUUGAAGCGGGUGCUUGAGGUUAUUUGAGGACAAAAUAAGGAAUGUUCUUAUCAAGACAUGCUGAAUGAAGGACGUAAGAGGAAUUGAAGCAAAUUCCUUUGUGAUAUAAGAUGACUGAUGUAAACAAGAUUUGGCUGGAAUAAAUAAUAUUCCUGUGAUUGUUUAAUGUGGAACACCUCACAAGCUAAAAAGGAGAAACAUCAAGAGAAGAUGGAGCAUUUCAGAGAGCAAAAUACUCGAAUACAAAGACCCAUCAGUUUUUUUUUUCUAGUUCCCGUCUAAGCCACCAAAGCGUGAGGUUUGUUUACUCAGGUUAGCACAAACACAUUUCAGAACCUUAUUCUGAGGGUCUACCGUUGGUCUGCAUCACCUCCAGGGCUCGCUCUCCCUCUGUUCUGUCAUCAAGUUGAUUGACAGGUGGCGUCCACCAGCAGGACAGCAUCGUUUCUGCCUUGAGCCCUCUCCAGCUCAGUGUGGAUGAGAUAUUUCUGGUGCCUCUCUGUCAGGGGGAACCAUAUCCUUGUCCUCCAUCUUCACCAGUACCACAGAUCAUUUUCAGCUCAUUAACAAUGCAGAAUGAACUCAAGAAGUCGCUGUUAAAAUACAGAUCAGUGCUCCCUAACAGUGUUAACCGAGCCUGUUGCUCAAUGGGAUGUGGAGUACCGAUUACACCACAUAUGCUUGUUGUACGUGCAGAGUUCAGCACCUGGAACAAGAACAAUGUUAGAAAUCAGUGGGUCAAGUGUGAGAUCAGUUCCAACAUACUUUCCUUGGCUUGGUUGGAUAGUAGCUUCUGAAUGGAAACUAUAUCCAUUGAUGUGGUUGUCAUCACAUCAUAACGAAGAGAAAAUUAUAUUAAACAUUGCAAGAAUUUUUGCUGGAUGUCUGAAAAUAAAUAACUCUUAACAGCUUUAAGCACUAAGAGGACUAAAGUAGAUCUAAAGUGUAAACCGUUUUACAACUUUCAUUGUGUAACACUUGUCAGUGUUGUGAUAGGCAAGGAAAACAUUGGCAGCAUUUGUCUACUGCCAUCAGAUACACUUACAAUAGUCUAGUUUUGAGGUUUGCACCUUUUCUUUUCACGUUAACAGAGUAACAGAAAUUAGAUAUUUGAGAUUGGAAAAGUAUAUAUAUAUUAUUUUUCUUAUAAUAGAUAAGUAGAAGUGUUUAUACAUUGUGUGCAUAUGUGACUGUACAUGUGCGAGGGUGCUAAUGUAAAUGUGUGCGAGAUGAAGUUUCAGUGGUUCAGUACAUGUUCUGAAUGUGACCAGUUGAAUGCCCGAUCGAUUCGGGCAGUUGCUUUUAAACAAACCUGACUAUUGGUUGAUGUCAAACCUUUAUUUUAGCAGACCAAAAUGAGCAUUAGAUAUUCACAACAGUGAAUGUGUGUGCAAAUCGAUAAUGAAUGGGACCAGAGCAAAGCAUAACAUUCCACACAAGCACUUCCUGUUGACCUGUCUUGUCUUUUACUCUAUUUUUUUUUACUCUACUCAGCACUCUUCACUCUUUUUUAAUGUAUUUAUUUGCUUCUUUGUUUAAUUUGUGCCCGAUAUCUUUCUUUUCUGUCUGGUCCAGGCCUAUUAUUUGACUUUGUUCAUGUGUGUACAUGUCUGAACUGAAUGUGUACUGACUCCUAAAGUGUUCCUUAAAAAAUUGUUUGCCGAAAAGUGAACAAUCAAUUGUCAAUUUCUAUAGAAAAGAAUAGUAGAUAUAGCAUAGCGUUAAGCUACAAGCCUAAUUGUCUCCUUUAUAAUAGCCUAUGUGCAUUAGUAACAGUUACCCUUGUAUGGAAGGCCAUUAGGGCCAAAAGCGAAACCUGUGAAAUUUGAUCAGGUCAGCAUACACUGUUUGACUAUGCAACAAGCACACAAUCCAAGGAAAUUGCUUGUAUUUAAGAUUAUAUUUGUAUAUGUAACUCAAUUAAAUUUUGGGAUCAGGAUCUGAAAUUAAACCAACCAACCUGCAAAAUGUGGGUUUAAAUCAAUCAUGGCGGGUAAUGCAAAUAAACUUGCUUGGCAAAUUGCUGGAUUAUGAUCCAUAAUUCAUGGUGAUUCCUAUUCCUAAACAUGGAGUUCUUUAGAUAAUUGUCACAGUGAACUUUGCAUCUGCAAACAAUAACUUUUGUAAACUGAAAGCAUACCAAUGAUUCAGAAUCAGGUUAUUGUUGUAGCUAUUUAAAUAAAGUAAUACAUUUGAUCAUUUGUUUAUUGUUGAUAUAGCAAAAUCUAGUAUCCAGUGGCCAUUUAUUGUAAGUUAGUUGUACAAUAAGUAGUACAAAUAUCAGACUUAAAGGGAUAGUUCACCCAAAAAUUUAAAUGUAAUAAUCAUUUUUUUCACCCUCAGGUGGUUCCAAUGCUUUGAGUUCCCUUUUUUUAGCUAAACACAAAUUAGGAAAAUGUUAGAAACCUGUAAUCUUUAACUUUCAUUGGACAAAAAAUAAAUAAAAUUAAUAAAAUAAAAAUAAAUAAAUAAAUAAAUACUAUUGAAGUUCAUAGUUACUGUUUUCCGACAUUUUCCAAAAUAUCUUCUUUUGUGUUGAGCAAAAAAAGCAAAAAGAAAGCAACUCAAACAGGUUAAUGACAAGAUAAAGUAGAGUAAAUGAUGACAGAAUUUUCAGUUUUGCGUGAACUAUCCCUUUAAUAUCUAUAUCAUAACAUACUGCCAUGCCUUUAUGCAGCAUCAGACUUUAUAUUACCUUUAAUAGAAUUUCUCCCCUCAAAGUGAUCAAACUGUACGUUUUGAAAUACAAUUAAAUUUCAUUCAUUUCAUCUACAGAUUUUGUCCCCAAUGUCCUUCCAUACCUUUUUUCUCCUCCUAGACCUUCUCUCUUAUGGAUCUGUGUACCUGUAAAGGGGCCAAAAUCUAAAUAAUGAAUACCCGUUCACAGUAUUAGCUUUCUGUUUGGGUUUCGAUGGCUCUUGAGACGUGUCCAAUCAGACAUGCAAGUGAGUUGUCUCACUUUAGACGAGUACAAUUACUCUUAUGAGCAAUCGGAUACAAAUAUAAUGUGUCACUGCCCGAAAGGCUCUAUGACGAGCAAAACUAACCCCCAUUGAGGUGCACUUUAAACUAAACAGAGCAAUCCGUUUGGAGGGGUCUAUUGAUUCCUGCAGUAUUAGGUAGUGGUCAACAUCUCAGACCGUGCAAUAAUACUCUGGUGUUUGAUGUUAAACAUAAUGACUAGUCUAAUGAGGAGCAUUAAUCCAGCUGUCUUAAUUACCUUUUUUUUUCUUCUUCUUCCAAAUGCGUGGUUACUGUGCGUUUGUUGUGUCUGCCUUUCCUCUGACUCUCAGAAAUGACAUAUAUUGUUUAAAAUAUUGUUUUGUCGCAUUAUUGUUAGCAGUUGUUGUUCUUGUACAAACAAAGAAUAUUUAUUAAAGGUGACAAGCGUGCAUUAAACAGAGUAAACUUCAAAGCGACACUGCUUUUAUUUUGAAAUGAUGGUUUGUAUUUUAUAACAUUAACAAGUUGAUGUAACACAGAUGUGCCCCAGACUAAAUAAAGCUAUCUUUUACUGAC